CUUUUUUUGCCUUCUAAGCGGGUUUUAGACAGAUUAUGUUCGCAAUUUUGCCCUUUUGAAAGAUGUUAAUUCCAGCAAACGAUGCCCGAAUAAUCACAAUAACAUUUGAAGAUUUCUUUUCUAUAUACAAUUAUACUUGGUCUGCUAUGCUGCCGGUAAUGCUGGUGUGCAAUAACAAAUCAACUUAUACAGCUGUGCGUGAAGACGGGAGCUGGUGUGUUUUGAAGCCGGCAUCACUAAGAACAAGCAUUCCAGAAUUUACAGUGGCCUCCCAUGACACAACUGGGGGUAUGGUUACCAAAAUAUCUGAGGCUGCAAUGAUUGCAAUACUGGGAAUUGAUGUAUACAUUGUGAAGGUUGGAACUGACCACUCACUCCAAGCCUUGGAUGGUAGCCUGAGAGGCAAAAUUCCUGAGGAUUGGUUAGGAACCGCAAUCCGGCGAAUUGACGACCCAAAGGCAGACUGAAGUAUACGGAGUACUCCGUGAAUGGGUUAAAACCAAGCACAAUAAUGGUUCGUUUGGGAGCAAUGUUCGUGGUACGUGUUACAAUUUUGAAAGGUAUUGUUAAAACUAAAGACGGACGUUAUAUACUUUUCCUGAAAAGGUUUAAAGCCAAAUGCCAAAUGGGAUGUUAGUUUACUACCAAACCUUUAUGAAGUCCCCAAGUAUUGUUGGUAUUUAUUCAUCAAAUAAGACAAAUUAUGUGACAGAUUAACUUUUGUUUCCAAUCCCUUCUUCAAGUGUGGAGAAAGUGUACGUAUUUAAGUCAAACAUUGUCAUGCUUUGGUCAUUAUAGAUUGUUUUAAUUAAGUGUUAUAUUAACU